CCUCGACCUCAGUUGCCGUCUGCACCUCCGUCUACCCCGCCCGCGUCUGCGCCCCAGCCAGGACGCCGCCCCCGACCGGGUCUCCACUUCACAGCCGCCCCUCCCAUGACAACGCCCGCGCGAAGAUGGCUGCGAAGGGCGCGCACGGCUCCCACCUGAAGGUGGAGAGCGAGCUGGAGCGCUGCCGCGCCGAGGGCCACUGGGACCGCGUGCCCGAGCUGGUCCGGCAGCUGCAGACGCUGGGCAUGCCCGGGGGCGGCGGCGGCAGCGGAGGCAACCGGCGGGGCAGCCCGAACGCCAGGUUCACCUCUCCGGACGCCGAUGACUUUGGGAAAUUACUGCUGGCAGAGGCCCUCCUGGAACAGUAUUUGAAGGAGAACCAUGCCAAAAUAAAAGACUCCAUCCCUUUGCUGGAGAAGAAUGAACAUAGGAUAAAUGAAGCCAAAAAUUAUUUGAGCAGUAUCCUUAAUCAUGGGAAGCUGCUGCCACGGUACAUGUGUGAGGCCAUGCUGAUCCUGGGAAAGCUACAUUAUGUGGAGGGCUCCUACCGAGAUGCCAUCAGCAUGUAUGCACGGGCUGGGAUUGAUGACAUGUCUGUGGAGAACAAUCCUCUGUAUCAGAUGCGGCUGCUGGCAGAGGCAUUUGUCAUCAAAGGCCUUUCCCUGGAACGCCUGCCCAACUCCAUUGCCUCUCGCUACCGCCUAACUGAGCGGGAGGAGGAAGUCGUCGCCUGCUUCGAGAGGGCCUCCUGGGUGGCUCAGGUGUUCCUGCAGGAGCUAGAGAAGACCACAAACAACAGCACUUCAAGGCACCUGAAAGGCUCUCCCCCUGUUGACUAUGAACUCUCUUUCUUCCUGGAAGCCGCCCUCCAGAGUGCGUUUGUGAAGAACCUGAAGAAAGGGAACAUUGUGAAGGGAAUGAGGGAGCUCCGAGAGAUUCUGCGGACUGUGGAGACCAAAGCAACACAGAACUUCAAAGUGAUGGCAGCCAAGCACCUAGCAGGGGUCCUGCUGCACUCUCUGAGUGAAGAGUGCUACUGGAGCCCCCUGUCCCAUCCUCUGCCCGAAUUCAUGAACAAGGAGGAGAAUUCCUUUGUUACACAGACACUGCGGAAACCUCACCUCUAUGAAGGGGACAAUCUCUACUGCCCAAAGGAUAACAUAGAGGAGGCCCUCCUGCUGCUGCUCAUCAGUGAGUCCAUGGCAACUCGGGACGUGGUACUGAGCCGGGCACCCGAGCAAGAAGAAGACCGGAGGGUGAGCCUGCAGAAUGCUGCAGCCAUCUAUGAUCUCCUGAGCAUUACACUGGGCAGGAGGGGCCAGUACAUCAUGUUGUCAGAGUGCCUAGAGCGAGCCAUGAAGUUUGCAUUUGGAGAAUUUCACCUUUGGUACCAAGUGGCCCUCUCUAUGGUGGCGUGUGGGAAGUCAGCCUAUGCCGUGUCGUUGCUGCGAGAAUGCAUGAAGCUGCGACCCUCGGAUCCCACUGUGCCCCUGAUGGCCGCCAAGGUCUGCAUUGGGUCCUUGCACUGGCUGGAGGAGGCGGAGCACUUUGCCAUGAUGGUGAUUGGCCUUGGAGAGGAAGCUGGAGAGUUCCUCCCCAAGGGCUACCUGGCUCUGGGUCUCACCUAUAGCCUGCAGGCCACUGAUGCCACCCUGAAGUCCAAGCAAGAUGAGCUGCACCGCAAGGCCCUGCAGACACUGGAAAGAGCCCAGAAACUGGCCCCUGAUGAUCCUCAGAUCAUCCUGUACGUCUCUCUGCAGUUGGCCCUUGUACGACAGAUCUCCAGCGCCAUAGAGCAGCUACAAGAGGCCCUAACAGUGUGCAGGGACGAUGCCAAUGCCCUCCAUUUGCUGGCACUGCUCUUCUCUGCUCAGAAGCACUACCAGCACGCCCUGGAUGUCAUCAACAUGGCUAUCACCGAGUACCCUGAGAACUUCAACCUGCUGUUUACCAAAGUGAAGCUGGAGCAGGUACUGAAAGGCCCAGACGAUGCCCUUGUGACCUGCAGACAGAUGCUGCGGCUGUGGCAGACGCUGUACAACUUCUCCCAGCUGGGAGGCCUGGAAAAGGAUGGCAGCAUCAGUGAGGGCCUCAUAAUGAAGAAACAGAGUGGCAUGCAUCUGACCCUGCCUGAUGCUCAUGAUGCAGACUCUGGCUCUCAGCGGGCAUCAUCCAUUGCAGCCUCACGGUUGGAGGAGGCCAUGUCGGAGUUGACCAUGCCUUCCUCAGUCCUGAAACAGGGCCCCAUGCAGCUGUGGACGACACUGGAACAGAUCUGGCUACAGGCUGCUGAGCUAUUCGUGGAGCAGAAACACCUCAAGGAAGCAGGUUUUUGCAUCCAGGAGGCGGCAGGCCUCUUCCCCACUUCUCAUUCAGUGCUCUACAUGCGGGGCCGGCUGGCCGAGGUGAAAGGCAGCUUGGAAGAGGCCAAGCAGCUGUACAAGGAAGCGCUCACGGUGAACCCUGAAGGAGUACGCAUCAUGUACAGCCUGGGUUUGAUGCUGAGUCAGCUGGGCCACAACAGCCUGGCCCAGAAGGUUCUUCGAGACGCUGUAGAGAGACAGAGUACCUGCCACGAGGCAUGGCAGGCCCUGGGUGAGGUUCUGCAGGCUCAGGGCCAGAACGAGGCUGCCAUCGACUGCUUCCUCACGGCACUGGAGCUGGAGUCCAGCAGCCCCGUGCUCCCCUUCUCCAUCAUCCCCCGAGAGCUCUGAGCUGCACGAGGGCAGUGAGGGCAGCCCAGCGGGGACAAGGGAUGGCAGGAGCCAGAAGGCAGCGGGGAGCAGGGGUCAGGGAGGGACAGCAGCAUUCAAGCGCAGAGCCCCGGAGAAUACAUCUCUAGGGAACACUUCUGUUGGCCUCAGCUCUGCUUCUCCUUGCCCCACCCACCCCGUCCCUCCAGAGCCAGCUGGGCCCCGGGGGCAAGAUUGACAUCCCAGGCAGAUCUCUGGCUCCCAGGCCUGCUGUUGGGGAGGGGCGGAGGCCAUGUUUCCUCAGGGCCCCUACCUGCCUUGUCUGUGCACUGUGGCCCCCAAGUCCCACCUCCAUCAGGAUCCCCACAUUUCCUAGCUUUGGACAAACUUCUCCAUGCUCUGUGCCAGAGAUGAACUCCAUGAGCAUCCCCGCCUUGCCCUCUGGCUACACCAGGCUUUUCCUGUUGCCUUGGGAGACAGACUGGCUUGAACUUGAAGUGACUUUGCAGAGUGGUUGGGACAGGACGCUCCUGGGAACCGGGCAGGGGGGACCCUCCUGGCUGUACUUCAGCACCUCCCACCCAUGCUGCAGCCUCGUGGUUCAGGAGCCCCGUCGCUCCCAGAACCCUGCUUCCCAGUUCCAGGGCAGUCCCAGGCCAAGUCUGCAGGCACAGAGAACACAGACCCGGGGGUCCUCUCAGGCUGAGUCAGCAGAUAGCACCUCGCCAUAGCCCCUCCAUCUCAGGAUGUUACUUGGGUUCUACGUCUUCUUCCUUUCUUUCUACCACCAUGUGCCUUUGGACUGUGUACCUGGCCAGGCACACUGAACCCCAGCCUGAGUAGUCCCCAUGAGCCCUAAGCCAGUGGCUCUCAGGAUGAGCUUUGGAAUGUAAGGUGCUGCUCCAAGCCAGCCAUUUCUAACGGCUGAGGCAGUGUGGUCCCUCGGGCCUUUGCCUAUGAUGCUGUGGGACAAAUGGUGUGGAGGUGGUCUCAAGGACUGUCCCAGUAUUUCUCAUCCACAGCUCACUUUCCGUCUCGGCUUCCUUGGGCAGCCCCAGCCUCACUGGCCAUUUGGGUCCCCACAGGGACUGUGCUUAGAGACCUGCGGAGACUAAGGCUGCCCCCUCCAUUGAGUGUCCAUGACAUGCCCUGUCUGCAGGGGUCAGGGGCUGCGCAAGGCCUCUCAUUUGCAUUUGACAUUGGUUAUGAUGUGGGGAGGGGGAUGUGAGUGCCACCCUGGUUUGGCAGGCCGCAGCUUCCCAUGCAGGAGAGGCUGCUGGAGCCCUGCUCAUGCCACACUGCUCCACACUGCAUGUCCCCAGCUGUCUCGAUAGCUACUGCCUCCUGGCCACGGUACCAAACCCACAGGAACCACAGAGCACACGGAUCCUUUGCCUCUUGGUUGAAGUGUCUCUAUCCAAGUGUAUGUGUGUAUAUAAAUAUAUAUAUAUAUAUAUAAUAUGUAUGUCUAUAUAUAUUUGAUAGAGAUCUAUUUUUUUCUGUUCAAAAAAGAGUCAGCAAGCCUUGAGGUGCCCAAAGGUGUUUGUGGUCAGAUCUUGGUAGGAAUGGCACCCAGUGCGUUCUUUAAACAUUCCCUCUCAGUAGCCACAGGGCUGAGCUGAGCUGCCAACGGUCGCUUUGCAGACUGAAUAAAGAAGUGUGCCUGAA